GUUGGCCGGGGUUGUGUGUUUUGCUGAACCGGCCUUGGCUGAUCGGGUCAUUGAUGUGAACGCGGUGACAGUGACUGGAGUGCGAGACGAGGAGGUGGAAGCGUGAGAAAUAAGGCGGAUGGAGCAUUUGGAACAUUGUGUAGAAGUCUGAGCGCCAGGCCGGCGGCGGCCAUGGUUGCCUUGGGCUCUGUUCAUUACUAUACCACAGUGUUACAUAGGAGGUAAUCAAUGAUGGAUAAAAUUCUGGAAGCCCUCGUCACCUCUUCACAUCCCCUACCAGUGAAGAAGGGAAUUGUGAAGAAAGUGGUAGAUGCAGCCGAGAACUCAGUUGACCGGGAGCAAUGCAAGGCAAUGUUUGAUCUGACAACACGAUUAAUUUUAAUUGGGGAGGAUAAUUUCCAGAAACAAGUGGGUCAUCAGGUACUUGAUGCCUAUGCCAGGUACCAUCGUUGUGAAUUUGAGGAAUUCUUCAACAAGGGAUUUAUUCUAAAUCUUCUGCAACAAGGUUAUGGAUCACUAGAUAAGAAAGAUAUUGCCAUCAUUGACUAUGUCCACAUGGGACUAAAACUUAUUAUGAGCUGCCCUUCUGUGCUUGAAAUCUUUGGCUGCAUGCACACUGAGAUCCUGCGACUAGUUUGUGAAAGACCAGAACCUUUGCUGUGUGCUAGGUUGAGUGAGUUGUUGUCUGACUUUGUACAUUGCAUCCCAAAAGGUAAAUCAGCAGUACUGUUUUGCCAGCAGCUAGUAAGGACUAUAAGUCAGUUCCAAUGCAGUGCAACACAGGAAGAAGAGAUCCGUGGAUUUAUUUCUCAGGUGAACAAAGUAAGCAAUUUGUUGCAAAGCAUUUGGAAAGCUGAGCCUGGUGCACUUCUGCCUUCUCUACAAGAGGUAUUUGUGAUUAUCUCAGCUACAGAUUCUUUAUUUGAACCAUCUAUUGCCCUAGCAAGCCUCGUUCAGCACAUCCCAUUACAGAUGAUUACAGUUCUCAUUCGAAGCCUGAUCACAGAUCAAAAUGUUAAGGAUGCCAGCAUGACUUGUGCACUCUGCAGAAUGAUUGACUGGCUGUCCUGGCCUUUAGCUCAUCAUGUCGAAACCUGGGUGAUUGCACUACUCAAAGGAUUGGCUUCAGUCCAGAAGUUCACUAUCCUUAUAGAUGUCACUCUGCUUAAAAUUGAACAGGUAUUUCAUCGUCUUUGGUAUCCUAUUGUGCGACCUGGUGCUUUAACAGUUCUUUCCCACAUGCUGCUCAGUUUUCAGCAUUCUCCAGAAGCCUUUCACUUAAUUGUUCCUCAUAUUAUAAAACUAGUUCAGUUCUUGAAAGAUGAAGAUUCACCUACCAGUAAAAUCUUCCUCAUGCAGUUGACUGAGUUGGUACAUUGUAUGAUGUAUCAGUAUUCUGGGUUCCCUGAUCUCUACGAACCUAUCAUUGAAGCCAUUAAGGAUUUGCCAAAACCUUCCGAAGAAAAAAUGAAGAUGACUCUUAAUCAAAGUGCCUGGACAUCGCACUCAAAUUCUUUGGCAUCUUGUUUAUCGAGGCUUUCAGGAAAAUCUGAAACUGGGAAAACUGGGUUAAUAAACCUGGGCAAUACGUGCUAUAUGAACAGUGUCAUUCAAGCAUUAUUUAUGGCUACGGAUUUCAGAAGGUCUGUUUUAUCACUGAAUCUAAAUGGGGCUCGUUCUUUGAUGAGAAAGCUGCAACUUCUCUUUGCCUUUCUGGCUCACACACAGAGAGCAGCGUAUGCUCCACAGAGCUUCUUUGAAGAAUCAAGACCACCGUGGUUCAUGCCUGGAUCCCAGCAAGACUGUUCUGAAUACCUCCGGUUCCUCCUGGAUAGGUUACAUGAAGAAGAAAAAACUUAUAGAAUUCUCCAGUGCAACUCCCCACAAAGCAGUAACACUUCGACUCGUGAUUGCAAAUCUCUAGAGAAUCCGGAGGAAAUAUCACCUCUUUCUGAAGCAGAUCUGCCUAGAGUUGAGGAUGGGAAAACUCUAAUAGAGAAGAUGUUUGGAGGCAAACUCCAAACCACUAUAUGUUGUUUAAACUGUAAGAGCACUUCUCAGAAACAGGAGGCCUUCACUGAUCUUUCUUUAGCCUUUCCACCUUGCCUUGAAGAUGUUAUAGAGGCUGGAUUGACCCAGUCACUAUCCUCCACAAAUUAUGAAAGCACAAUACCUCGAUGUUGUACUGGAAAUGUUUCUGAUGCACUUCACAGUGAGCCUCCUGAAAAUCAUAGUCUUCAAGUGGACGAAAUUGGACACGGAUCAGACAUGGCUGGUGAAAUGCUGCAAAAAUUUCCAAUACAGUCCAUUGCUUCCAUAGAUUGCUGUAGCCCGCCCAUGCCAUCUGAUAAACUGGUCACAGUUCACAGCAAUAAAUCCAUUGAACAGAAUGACAAAACUAAGUCUGUCCCUCACCUAAUAAAUUAUUUCUUGGCCCCUGAAAUUUUGAAUGGAGACAACAAAUAUUACUGUGAAAAAUGUGCCUCUUUGCAAAAUGCACAGAAGAUUAUGCAGGUGGUUGAUGAACCUGAAUACCUCAUUCUGACCCUCCUGAGAUUUUCAUAUGAUUCGAAGAGUCACAUAAGACGCAAAAUUCUAGAUGAUGUGGCACUUCCUCUUGUUUUACAGUUACCAGUUGAAAAAACAUCUUUACAAUCACCAGCAAUCAGCCAACCCUUGCUUUCUGAUUCAGCUGAAAACCUACCUAAGAAAUUGAAGUCCUGUGGGUCAGUUGACUCAAGUGAUUCACAGCCAGUAUCUUAUCUCCUCUCUUCUAUUGUGGUGCAUUCUGGAAUGUCAUCUGAGAGUGGACACUAUUACUGCUAUGCCAGAAACACCAGUUCAGGAUCUGUGGGUCAGUUAUGCUAUAAGGCUGACCUUGCCGGUUUACCCUCUCAGGGUUGUGCAACAGAUAAUGAUGAGUUCAACACUUCAGUUAUUUGGCAUGAUCCAAACUGCAAAGAGACAUCAAAGGAGUGGUUUCUAUUCAACGACAGCAGAGUGACUUUUACGUCUUUUCAAUCUGUUCAAAACAUCACCAGCAGGUUUCCUAAGGAUACGGCAUAUGUCUUGUUUUACAAGAAACAAGGUGCUAAUUGUGCUAUCUAUCCAAGUGCCGUGAAUGGACUGUGGGUAAAUGGAGAGCCACCACUGCAGAAGGAACUCAUGGAUGCAAUUACUAAGGAUAACAAACUUUAUCUACAGGAACAAGAGCUGAAUGCUCGUACCAGAGCAUUGCAAGCAUCCUCCACGACAUGUUCAUUUCGUCCACGCGGUUUUGAUGACAGUGACCCACCAGGGAGUUGCGGCCCAAGUGGUGGAGGAGGAGGAAAUGGUGGCUUUAAUACUAUUAGCCGGCUUGUCUUCUGAGACUCAUUCUGCAAGACCAACUUUUUUUUUCUCUCUCCCCUUCCUUCCUUCUGUUGAAUGGGGACUACCUGUAACGUGUUCAUCAAGUCACUCUACAGAGCAGAAUUUAUUGAAGAAGCAUCAAGGAUGCUUCCAACUGUUCUUUGUUUCACAGCCUGUUUGGCAUUUUGACAAAAAUGGCUUGACUCUAUAUUCUUGCUAAUUCUUAAAAUAGGGAGAAAAGAUUCAAAAAUAUUAAUGAUUGCAAUAGUUUUUAAUGUUUGUAGGUUUCUUAACCUUACAGCUGAAUCUAACCUGAUUAUAUUUGCAUGUUUGAAUGAAUUUUGUAAAUAAGAUAUUCAGCAUUGUAAUGUGUAUUUGUAUAAAGACUGUAAAUACAUUUAAGUGAACUUUUUCAAACCCAUAACUAUUCAAAACCUGGAUUUUAAAUUGCCAAAUUUCUAUUAUUGCAUUUCAUUGAUGUUAUCUUUCAUUGUGUAAACAACAUUUUGCAAUUUCAGGGAGUAGUGUUUGUCACAGAUUUGGUAGCCAUUUUUGCUCUUUUUUGUGUGUGUUUAUGCAUGUGUGCCUUGAUCUGUAUAGACAAGGUACAAUUAGGAUCCAAGAAUUUAAAAGUUAUAUUUUCAAGCUUGUUUUGAAAAUGCACAUCCGUGAGAGAGAGAGGAGAAUUACUUAUAUUUUUGUCAUAGAUGUAACUUAACAUGUUAAACCAACCCUGCCAUCACUUGAAGAGAUCUAAGGUUUAUUGCACAUGUAUACUAAAUGUAAAAGGCUAACAAAAAACGUUUGUUCCUAUGUUUGCUCAUGGCUAACACAUUAACUACUGAAUAAUUCCAAACAUUGUCAAACUUAUGAAUGUGUUGAGAAUUGUUCUAGCAUUGGGUGGACUACAAUGCUAACUAAGAACCUAUUGUAAAACUGAAUAUUUAUAAAUAUUUAAAUGUAUAGGAAAUAUGACUGGGGGAAAGAAACAACUUACUGGUUAUUCAAUAUCAGUUUUUCACUAAAUUAUUUAUUUUUAAUUUAGAAGUGCACUGCUUAUACAUUCAGAUGUUUCAAAACAUUUGAGCACUAUUUUAGUAACUAUUUCCAACUUGAUCUAGGGACUAGUAAUAAUCAGUGAUUGUUGAGUUUUCCUUUUAAUUGGUAUCAAAUAUCAAAUAUCAAUUGCAAACAACAAAACUAUUCAUUCUAUUU